AUGAGAAUCGGCAAGCAGAGUCCGGCAGGCCGAGGCCCCUGCUGGUUCGAGAGGCGUAAGCAUCCUCACGAUUUGUGCUGCAGAGCGUUCGAGCUGACUUGGACCACAAACAGGGCCGAAAUAACGUCGGCCGCUCCAGUGUACUUUCCGGCCAAGCGUCUUGGGUCGUCCACUUCGUCAUACUAUGACGGGCUGGAGAUUCCAUUGCUACACGCGCGGUCCGAAGCGCUACGGCUGUGUCCUCGCAAGACGGUUCCUGAUUACAUCCUCUCGGCAGGUAACGGGGUGAUGAAGGCAACCCCAAACGGCAUGUCGAACUCACUGUCUCGAUUUGCUCACUUUAGCCUGGAAUCUCUGUGGGGAUACCGGCAGUAUCAGAGACUAGGUGGGCCAGCGGGUGAAGCGUUCAAUGAGUUCCGCAUCGACCCCACUCUCGAUAUGGAAGCGGUGGCGCUGGACGACGCAGAUGCCAUAGGCAAGCUGAUUGGACAGCUGGACCGAGAAUUUCUCGUCAAUGAAGACCUGCAUCACCGUGUGCAACAAAUCUCGCUAGUCAUGAUCGCCUCUCUAUUCUAUUUUUCAUUCGACACGACAACGCGAACCACUAGACGCGCUGGCAAUGAGUAUGAGAUCGCUGCGGACGAGCGGACCGUCGUGAGCCUCACUUUGCCGUCGUGGAGCGUUCCCUUCGAUAUCAGGCUU